UCCUGGGAUGUAUUAGGAAGAGCUUUGCUAGCAGGCCGAGGGAGGUGCUCCAGUCCCUCUGCUCAGCUCUAAUGAAGCCACAUCUGAAGUGCUGUGUCCAGCUCUGGGCUCCUCAGAACAAGGGAGACAUCAAGAUCCUGGAGCCGGUCCAGAGGAGGGUGACAAAGAUGAUUAAGGGACUGGAGCAUCUCUCUUACGAGAAAAGGCUGAGGGAACUAGAUCUGUUUAGCCUCGAGAAGAGACAGCUGAGAGGGGACCUCAUUAACGUGUAUAAAUAUCUAAUUCCAAGAGGAUGGAGCCAGGCUCUCGGUGGUGCCAAGCAAUAGGACAAGAGGCAACAGGCAGAAACUGAUGCACAGGAAAUUCCACUUCAAUAUGAGGAAGAACUUCUUUACUGUGAAAGUACAGAUAAAAAUGGAAAAAAGGCGUCUCUCCAGACUGACACUGCUGCCUAAGGCUACAGCAGCAACGGAGAUAGAAGCAUUUCUGCUAGAUGAAGGGACUGAGUAAGAUGCACAGCUGUUUGUUCCCUGUUCUAGGCUUGAUGCUGCCAUUGAUCUCUUUGGUGUGCCCACAGGCAAUUUACUGCCCCUUCGCUUGCCUGUCUAAAAUGAUUUCCUGUGUACUACAGGUAAAUUUUAACACAGGCAAAAGGGCCUCCAGUCUUUGGAAGGAGUUUGAAGAAAUACUGCCUGAAUGUUUCUGAGCGUUGUUCUGCUUCUAAGUUCUCAGCAUGUCUUGGCUGCUCCAGCUCUGCAUGCUCUGACCAUGAGCAGCAAUUCCUCCCUCGGCAAUGUGAAGGGCCUGAGGAACCUCACCACGCACGAAGAUGGGGCAGUCAGAGUCACCGAGUCCAUUGCUAUCAUCGUCAUUGCUAUUUUCAUCUGUUUGGGCAACCUGGUGAUUGUCGUCACCCUGUAUCGGAAGUCUUACCUUCUCACGUUGAGCAACAAGUUUGUGUUCAGCCUGACCCUUUCCAACUUUCUGCUCUCUGUACUGGUGCUGCCUUUUGUUGUCACCAGCUCCAUCAGGCGAGAAUGGAUCUUCGGAGUUGUUUGGUGCAAUUUCUCAGCCCUGCUCUACAUGCUGAUCAGCUCAGCCAGCAUGCUGACCCUUGGACUCAUAGCUAUAGACCGGUACUAUGCUGUCCUGUACCCGAUGGUUUACCCAAUGAAGAUAACGGGCAACAGAGCAGUGGUAGCUCUUGUGUACGUGUGGCUACAUUCCCUUAUUGGCUGCCUCCCUCCUCUUUUCGGCUGGUCGUCUUUAGAGUUUGACCAGUUCAAGUGGAUGUGUGUGGCGGCCUGGCACAAAGAGGCCGGCUACACUGCCUUUUGGCAGAUCUGGUGCGCGCUCCUGCCUUUUGUGGUCAUGAUGAUCUGCUAUGGAUUCAUAUUCCGUGUGGCAAGGAUUAAGGCCCGCAAAAUCCACUGUGGUAGCGUCAUCAUCGUGGAGGAGGACUCGCAGAGGAACGGGAGGAAAAACUCCAGCACCUCCACAUCCUCGUCUGGCAGCCGAAGGAAUGCUUUCCAAGGGGUUGUUUACUCAGCCAACCAAUGCAAAGCUUUCAUAACCAUCGUGGUUGUCAUCGGGGCUUUCGUGAUUACGUGGGGGCCUUACAUGGUAGUAAUUACAUCAGAGGCACUUUGGGGAAAAAACAGUAUUUCCCCUGCUUUGGAGACAUUGGCUACAUGGUUGUCCUUUUCCAGUGCCAUUUGCCAUCCGCUAAUUUAUGGACUGUGGAACAAGACAGUGCGCAAGGAACUACUAGGGAUGUGCUUUGGGGAUCGGUAUUAUCGUGAGUCCUUUGUUCAGCGGCAGAGGACAUCGAGGUUAUUCAGCAUUUCCAACAGGAUCACAGAUUUGGGACUAUCUCCUCAUCUUACUGCCCUCAUGGCAGGUGGACGGCCAUUAGGAAACAGCAGCAGCACAGGAGACACAGGUUUCAGCUGCUCACAGGAUUCAGGAACAGAUACAAUGCUUCUUGAAGAUUAUAGCUCAGAUGGCCCUCAUGCCCCACACUGCAUCUGUCCUCCUCGACGGAGGAGUUCAGUGACAUUUGAAGAUGAAGUAGAGCAAAUUAAAGAAGCUGCAAAGAAUUCUGUUCUUCAUGUAAAAGCCGAAGUCCAUAAAUCUCUGGACAGUUAUGCAACUAGUCUAGCAAGAGCUAUUGAAGCUGAUGUGAAACUCAGCUUGUUUGGGGAAGAUGCUUUACCAGGAGCCCUGUUCCCAGUACGGACUCUGCCAGGAGGCAGCAUGAACACACGGCGUGGUGCCAGGCCCCAUGCCAACCAAAGACUGAAGUUGCAGAGCAUCGAUGAAGGGAAUAUCUGACACCAGCACUGGAGUAAGAAAACAGAACAAAACCACUAAGCAGGACCUAUUGCAGCUGUUAGUGUUUCAACAGAACCAGGAUACCUUGGCGGAAUGUUUUCAGUGUUUUUUCAACACCAGCUGAAUUUUGGUACUUGCAUCAGCAUUUUACAGUAGUGUUUGUUUACUGUUUAGGGUGCUAUUGACUUUUCUGUGCCAUGUCUUUAUCACACAGUUCAUAGGAAUGCAGGGUUUGGUUUCACUGACCAGAUUAUUAGUCUGUUGAAUCUUGGGUCCAUUAUUGGCCAAAGCUGAUAAAGGAAAAAAGCAGGAAAAGUAUGUGCAGUGUUUUAAUUUAUUGUUGUAUCCAUCAUCUUCUGAACACCAGGAUAAUCAGUUGAUACUUGAUAGCUGGAGUGCUCUGAUAGGAGCUUGUGCAUGGGAUACUACAUACAGCCUUACUGUCACAGACUCCUAGAUGAGGAGCACGGACUUCACUGAGGGCAAAACCUGAAUUUUUCAGAGAGCUCACGCAGCUUAUAGUCCCACUUACCUUUGCUGGGGGAUAUUUCUGUUUGUUCAGCCAUCAGAAUGGCACAUCAGAUCUGACAGUGGACUGUGCAUUGCUUCAGAGGUACGGAGCACCAGCCUCUCUGGAUAUAGUGAGUGGGAGCAGACCUGUGCUGGAAAAGCAUAAAGAUGGUAUUUGAGGAAAUCAUUAAUGCAGAAUUCUUAGUUUCUCUGAGAACUUCAGCUCAUGUCCCUGGUUUUGCUGUUACUAAAAGGGCACUCUGUGGCUGUGCUAAGCUCGACAGAAUAUAAACAAGAUAUUGCCGCUUCAUAUUCAGGAUUCACCUUUUCUAGAGAGAAAAGAGUUGUUUGGUGUUUUGGUUUUUUUUAAUCAUGAGGGAAUGUAGUAUUUAAGCUAUACUUACCUCAGUGCUUCUAUUUCUUGGAGUAUUAAUUAAUCUCAAAAAUAAGAACAUUUGGCACUUAUAUUGCACUUUGCAUGUUCUUAAGCACUGUACAGACAUUACCUUGUUAGGCCUUUGUGAGAGGGUUGAUCAGCCCUGCUUGCCAAAGAAGGGGAACUCAGCACAGUCAAGCUGCUGGCAGUGAAACAGUCUGCAAAGGUGGAAAGGUUUGUUAUGAAAAGAAGGAUUAGGUGGAUCAUACAAGUAUAUCCAGCUUCAGGAACCGUUCUGUGCCUUCUUGGGCAACCCCCUUCUGUACUUUGGAGGGGUUACAGCCCUGCCUUACUGCAUAUUUCAAGGAGAGGGAAACAAAAGUGAGCAGGAUAAUUCCAUGGGGGUGGGCAGUGAGUAGCAAAUGGACUUAAGGACCAAGGAUUUGCAUUUGUUUACUCUGUGUCUGUUCCCCUAUGCCUUCACCUUUCCCAGAAGUGGCUUGUAUGAGGUUUUGCUGGAGAUUGUUUGGAAAUCAGGAGUAGGAUGUUCCCAUCUGAGCAAAAACUGGGUGUAGACUUGUUUUGUCUUUGUGUGAGUUAUUCAGAGACACAGAAGUGUCGUGAGGCAGAGCCUCAGUCCAGUACUGUAUUUAGACAUCCUAUUUGUCUGUGUUCCUGACUCAGAAAUGUAUUUCAGCACAAGCUUAUGUCCAUCUCUGGACAAAGCAACUUGACUUUAUGAACUCGCCUGAAUCCCAUUAAGUUCCCAUGCAAAAUAUAACUGCAUACUUAAAAUUCAGUACAUGGUUUGCUGAUUUAAGAACAGGCUGUUACAGUAAGAACACUUAAGCUCCAAUAAGAUGGCUCUUUGCAUAAUGCAGGAAGAAAACAAUAAUAGGGAGGUUCUUACUCCUGCAUUUUUUGCUUUUGGUGUGUUAGAUAAAUUGGCACCUGUGGGCAUUCGUUAGAAAAGCAUAACUAAAAAUCCCAGUAUUUGCCAGGAAGUGCCCUGCAGUGAGGUCAUUAUUGCUAUCGUUAACAUUACAAUCACAGCUGCUUCUAGUACUCAACACUCCUUAAGCUACACGCUUGCCUGCUUGCCUCGAAGUGUUUUGUCUGCAUCCCUUUUAUUCAAUAUUCCUGCUUCGGAACAAGCUGAGCAAAGUCCUUGCUGAAUGUGAAAAGGGCACACAGUUACGUAUGCAUUGUGGUGGACUCGGUUCCGGCCCAAAACGGUCUGUGUUUAGGCAGAAAAACUCCAGGGCAUAUGUGAAAGGACAAAGUCGUUAGUAUUGUGUAAAAAGCACGUUUUUCACACAGGUACUGAGCCAAAUUCAGCCUUCAGGCAGGUUGGGGGCAGGUUGCGUCAGUUUACACCGUGACUGAAUUUGGCUGCCAGUGUUAAUGUCACUAAUCCGUUAUUUAGUGUAAAUAUUGUUAAUAUUUUUGUACACACGUUAUAACCCUUCUGUAAUUCUGCUACUACCCGAGUCAUUCUCUCACCUGAGUUGUCAUUAACGAAGAAAUGCACACGUUUUGUAAAACUAUUCCCCAUCCUAAAUACAAAAGAGAAAAAAAAC